AUGCAGAGCUUCCUGCAGCUGCUGAGGGGAAGUGGAGGUGCUGGCCUGCCCUUGGCGGACCUGGUGACCCUCGCAGGCAGGCUGUGCCGGGAGGUCCAGGACGACCCCGCCCAGGUGCAGACCUUGGUCACGGCCGUGCUGGACAGCCAGUUCCGCCUGUACCUCUUGGACAACGCGGACGUGGCCCUGGUGUGUGCCAGCGUGCUGGCCCAGCAGGAGCAGAACCGGGCUGCCUGCCAGCUGCUAGAGGGAUGCCGGGUGCCGGGUGGCAGCCUGAAGCUGGUGCAGCUCUGGAAUGACAUCCACUACCGUCUGGUCAUGAAGAGGCUCGGCGUGGCCACGCUGACCCCGGUGCAGAAGUUCCGGUGCAGGAAGAGGAACCCACCGCCUGUCUCCCUCUGCCCUGACGGCCUCAAGAGCCGGAACUUCCCCAGAGAAGUUCGCCAGAAGCUGCGGGACUUUGCUUCGGGCGUGAGCACCAACCCCAGCAAGGCCGAGCGGGAGGACCUGGCCUCAGAGACGCACUUGACCACGGAACAGAUCUACAACUGGUUCGCCAAUUACCGGCGGCGCCAAAGGGCCCUUGUGCAGCGCUCGGCGCCAGCCCGGGACUCGGCGGAGGACCGCACCGCGAGGGAGGCCGGCCCGCGCCCCCGGCAGCCCACAGGCCAGCCCCACCUUGGCUCUGGGUGCGUGGACAGGCCUCAGUGGUCGGCAGGACCUGAGGAAAGUGGAUCUGUACAGACCCAGGAGACCACCCAAGGGCCGUGGGAGCCACUGGUCCUGGCCCCAGACUUCUCUGGAGACGAGACCAUGCCAAAGUCACUGGCUCCCAGCAGCAAUGCCCGGAGCACAUACCUGGAGGAGGGUCCAGGUACCAGCGGUGGCCAAGCGGAACCACAGGCGAGCGGCUUCCUGGUGCCCCAGCUUCCACUGCAGGCUCCUGAGUUCACCCUCACCCAGAGCCCCCCGGAGCUGGCCCCGGCCCCGCCUGUCUUCCCUGGCCCCAUGCCGGCCAUGGACCUGGGCCAGCCCAUACCCUCCAGCCAGGUGCAGUGGCCUGAUGGCCAGACCUCCAGCGACGCCUUCUGGGGAGCCAGGAUGCUCCUUGAGCUUUCAGGGGGCAGCCUGGGCUGA